UUCCGAAGUGAUAUCCGAGACGUGCUCAUAUUAUUGAGAGGAGUCCCAACCAUGAUUCAAUUUCAACUACUUACAGAUGAGCAAAUCGCGAAGUCACCGUCAUCAAGAGAUGGUAUCUCUCCGAAUGAAGAGCACGAAAUGCGGAAAAGGUCGUGUACUUUCAUUCGGCAACUUUGCAAAAGUCUAGAAUUAUAUCCUUUCUAAAUGGACCGUGUUUGGUCUUCUUAACAUUUGCAAAAAGGCGUAUGUCAUAUAUUCUGCUUGUGUGUUUUUCCAUCGAUUUUACAGCAUCCAGUCAUAUCAUUCCCACGAUCAAUUUAUCAUAGCAGCAGGUUGUUGUUUUUUGGCGGCGAAAGUGGAGGAAAGUUUCCGAAAAGCUGAUAUGAUUGCUCAGCACUUUAUCGAUAUUCAACAAAAACGUAAGCCUGACCCUGCGGACUGCAAGGAGAUCAAAAUGAAGCUAUUGCUCGCCGAGCGCAUCAUUCUGAACGUUCUCUCCUUCGAUCUGAUCGUGGAGCAGCCCUACAAUACCAUUAUAACCCUCUCUCAAUCUCUCAAAGUGAGCGAUGAGGUUCAGUGCGCAUGGAGGUUUGCAAACGAUUCCAUCUACUCCACAGCGUCGAUUCAAUACACAGCCAAAACGAUCGCAGCCGCUUGCGUCUAUUUGGCGAUUCGCGUGUUGAAGAAGAUGCCACCGGAGAAUGCUGUGCCCACACUCUUGGAUAUGUGUGGAACCGAUGAGGCGGUAUUAAUGCGGUGCUGCGACUGUCUGAAGGCGCUUUAUCCGAAUUUUGAUAAACAGUUUCUUUGUCGUGUUUGUUCAAAAGAAAGAAAGAAAGAAAAAGAAAGCGAGCAAGCAAGUAGACAAAUCAACAAGCAAACAAGCAAACAAUAA